CAUUGGUGUGCAGGCUGUCCUCGUCAGCUAGAAAAACCAAUAGUCCUACCAGAGCAACCGCUCCUAUCCGCAGAAGAUCUACCGUGGCUGAUAGGAAGUCCGAAAGCUCAGAAAAAACGAUUCAAGUUCUGGCAACGAACUCUAGAACGAACAAAAAGUCUCCGUUGGAUCUUGGCAAACUCCUUUAAAGACGAAUAUGAUGAUGUCAACAAUCACAUAUCCUCCUACAAAAUGUCUAAGAGUUUCAACAAAGAAAACAAUGGUCAAAACCCUCAAAUCCUUCACUUAUUAUGCCCAUUGCAUAACCAAGAAGCAACAAAUAAUAUAGCUAUAACCAAGACUAGUUUUUGGGAAGAAGACAUAUCUUGUCUUGGUUGGCUUCAAGAACAAAAUCCAAACUCAGUCAUUUAUAUCUCAUUUGGAAGUUGGGUUUCUCCUAUAGGAGAAUCAAAUAUUCAAACGUUGGCAUUGGCGAUAGAAGCUUCCGGGAGACCUUUUCUUUGGGCGCUAAACCGAGUGUGGCAAGAGGGACUUCCACCAGGGUUCGUGCAUAGAGUCACAAUCACCAAAAACCAAGGAAGGAUCGUCUCAUGGGCUCCGCAACUUGAAGUUCUUAGAAACGAUUCUGUGGGAUGUUACGUGACUCAUUGUGGUUGGAACUCAACAAUGGAGGUACAUAUAUCACUAGUAUAAUCAUCUAACAUGUAUUAUAUGAUUAUGGUAGCCACUAUAUAAAUACUGUGCCAUUAAUUUUGAUUCAUUGUUUGUACAAUAGGCGGUGGCAAGUUCUAGGAGGCUGCUAUGUUAUCCGGUGGCUGGAGACCAGUUUGUGAACUGUAAAUACAUCGUAGACGUGUGGAAGAUUGGGGUGAGAUUGAGCGGGUUUGGAGAGAAAGAGGUUGAAGAUGGACUAAGGAGAGUAAUGGAGGAUAAAGAUAUGGGUGAGAGCUUGGAGAAGUUAAGAGAUAGAGCAAUGGGGAAUGAAGCUCGUUUGAGUUCGGAAAUGAAUUUUACACUUUUUAAAAAUGAGAUUAAAUAGACGAUCGAAGACGUAUCAUGAUGUCUAUAUUUUCAUUAUUUUCACUUCAAAAUAAGUACGUGAAAAUGCAAAGUAUUUUCGAACAACUU